AUGUCGAGCAUCCCAGUAAAGGAGAACGGCGGAGUGUCAUUUCCCUAUCCGAUGCUAAAUCCUCACAAUUAUACUGUGUGGGCAAUAAAGACAGAGGCGAUCCUUGAUGCCCAAGGAGUCUGGGAGGCGGUGGAGCCAGCGGAAGGAGCCCAGGUGGAUGCAAAGAAGGACAAAAAGGCACGUGCAUACAUCCUGCAGUGUGUCCCCGAAGACAUCCUUCUCCAGAUCGCAACAAAGAAGACGGCGAAGAAAGUCUGGGACAGUCUCAAGACGAGGUACCUUGGUAGUGAUCGGAUGAAAGAGACCGAAAUGAUUGAUGAGUUUGCUGGCAAACUCAGCGCCCUAAGCAGCAAGUUCUCCACCCUUGGUGCCACGCUUGAAGAUUUCUCGUUGGUAAAAAAAUUGCUCGAUUCUGUCCCUGAUAAAUUCUUUCCUAUUGUUGCUGGUAUUGAGCAAUUCUACGACCUUGAGUCUAUACCAUUUGAGGAGGCUAUAGGGCGACUGAAGGCGUACGAAGAACGAACGCUACGACUACGCAGCAACACCAAUGGCACUGAAGGUGAGCUCCUAUUAACUCAUGCCGAAUGGCAAAUGCGACAGAAGGGGAGCAACGUGGACACUUCGUCAGGAGGAAAGGGGCGUGGGUCCAGCAGCCCUAGUCGUGGCAAAUGGCGUGGACGUGGGCGAGGGCGCGGUCGUGGCCGUGGUACGCAACGCCAAGACAGUGCAGGAGGGACUAGCGGCAACAACAGUGGCACUCGAGACAAGAGACAUAUAAAAUGUUUCAAUUGCGAGAAAAUGGGACAUUAUGCAUCCGAAUGCUACAACAAGCGGCGUGAUGAUGAGGCUCACCUCACUUGUGCCACCGAUGAAGAGCCGACACUGAUGAUGACCGUGUCCCACGAGGAGUCUGACACUAGGCGUGAGCGGCAGGAUACCAUUCUGCUCAGUGAAGAUAGGUUGCUACCGGAGAUGUACCGCGGCGUUAAGAAAGAAGAUAAAGACGUCUAG